AUGGGGAGAACAAGAUUGGGAAAGGAGGGUGACGAUAGGCACGGGAGCAACAGCACCAUCGACAACACAGGAUGGAGGUUUGUAUACUUGUGGCUGGCUCGGGGUGGUCUGGGUUGACUUCAAAAACAUUGGUUGUCAUGUUUGAGUUGUGUGAUGUUCUCAUUUGUUUCGCAUCACUGGGGACGGACAAGGAAGUUCCUUCUGAUUGACUCUUAUUGUGCGGUUUUCUUUUUCUGUUGCAACAUCAUGUUCCACCAGCUCUGUCAAUGUUUAAAACCCCCCCUUCUUCAUACUCAGGUCGCCGGUACAUAUUUCUACACUACAUCGUGGAGCGAGCUGUGGAAGUUUUGGAUUGGAUUGAUACCACAUAUGUCAUGUUAGGCUCGACUGCUACCAUAUACACCUUAUAUUAGGU